ACAAGUGCGCCUCCCUUCCCUGCUGUUUAGCGUAUUCAUAGUUAGGGGUUUGGGCUCGGCUGUUUUUAAAAAGCCACGGCAGCUCUCCGGUUGAUCAGUCUGCUCAGGAGAACUUGUGCCGGAGAAAGUACCAGAGGAGUCCGGUCUGAGGAGAGGAAACCAGCUGACACACUCUGUGCCGAGAACUCUUUGCUCCUGCAGAGGACCGAGGACCUCCGGGGGGAGACACCGCCGCUGUGACCGUCCACUCAGCUGCACUUUAUUAUCAUUAUCAUUAAUAAUAUUCAUAUUAAUCUUAUUUUAAUUUAGCUUCAGCUGAACUCUUGGAUGAAAAACCUCAGGCAUUAGCUUUAAAAAUCGGAUUAUCUGCCUAAAGCACUGUGGUCAUUAGACCAGCCCCCCCCACCACCACCACCCCACUCCUCCUCCUCCUCCACCUUUUGCUCGCAGGUUUUAUUCUCUGACUGCAGAGAAACACCACAACAAUGAUUGGGAUUUUUUGCCCGCUGCUGACACUCGUCCUCGGCCUGUCCGGGGGUUCGGGCUCGUUCGUGCCGUGCGAGCCGUGCGACCAGAAAGCCAUGUCCAUGUGCCCUCCGGUACCGGUCGGCUGCCAGCUGGUCAAGGAGCCGGGCUGCGGCUGCUGCCUGACGUGCGCGCUGGCCGAGGGGCAUGCGUGCGGUGUUUACACCGGGACGUGCACGCAGGGACUCCGCUGCCUGCCGAGGAGCGGCGAGGAGAAGCCGCUGCACGCCCUUCUGCACGGCAGAGGAGUGUGCACCAACGAGAAAGGAUACAAGCCCGCUCACGCGCCGAUAGAUCGUGAGUCUCGAGAGCACGAGGAAACCAUGACCACAGACAUCACAGAGGAGUUCCAGCCCGCAAAGGUACCGCUCCUCCCCAAGGACAUCGUCAACAGUAAAAAAGUUAAUGCACUGCGCAAGGAGCAGAAGAGGAAGCUGGGAAGGCAGCGUUCAAUGGGCUCCGCCGUCGACUACCCCACCCUGCCCAUCGACAAACACGAGCCUGAGUUUGGUCCAUGCAGAAGGAAACUGGACGGAAUACUUCAGCAGAUGAAGGACACGUCCCGUGUGUUGGCUCUGUCUCUGUACCUUCCUAACUGUGACAGGAAAGGGUUCUUCAAGCGAAAGCAGUGUAAACCGUCACGCGGCCGAAAACGAGGCAUCUGCUGGUGUGUGGAUAAGUACGGUAUCCAGCUGCCCGGGACGGACUACAGCGGCGGAGACAUUCAGUGUAAGGACCUGGAGAGCAGUAACAAUAACGAGUGAGGCGGGGAGGACCACCUUUGACCCCUGUCCCUCAUCCCCUAACUUCCACAUAACCACGACACCUCCUGACUGAACACCACCCGUACGCUCCGCCCUUCGUUCACUUCGUUCAAUUCACAAGAAUUAUUUCUUUUUGAAUUGGGGAAAAAAAAGAUAGAAAAAAAGUCGACCAAGCACUCGUCUCCACACAAGGAGAAACGUCUCCCAAUAUUCUACAGUUAUCUUGACUUUUGUUCAAAGGAUCCCUCGAGCUGGUCCCCCCCGUCUGCAGAGCCACGCAAAUUUAUUCAGACGCUAUCUUUUCUAGAGGCAGGAGGUUUUUUGUACAAAAAUACUUUCUAUAAUUUAAACUAACAAAUUAUUUAGAGGAGAAGCAUUAGGCACACUGAUUGGAAAGAGAUCAGCUCCAAGCUGCGGAACCUGACGCCUCCGUGGAACUGAGGAACCAACGACAUGUGAUCGGGACACUGUGUGACAGUGGACUCUAUCUGGACACGUGGGUCAGAGCACUUAUCAAACAGGGAACCUUCUCAGAUGUGUACUGAGUAUUUUUACAAAAUGAUGCAUGUUUGUACGUGUGUGUGUGUGUGUGUGUGUACAGUGUAUGUGUCGUGUACUGAUGGAGUGAGCCUCAAAACAAAGAAUGUCUUGAUAUAUGUCCUUCUUCAAUGUUCUAAAUAUUAGCGUUAGCACAGCUCGCCGUCGUCCCGGGCGUGGCCCAGAACUACGUCUCCAGACUCAGAGCUUUCAUAAACGUGUCGUGAACGGACGGUUCAGGAUGAUCCUGGUGUGAACGGCUCGUCGACAUUGUUGGUACCUUGAUAUACCAUCCGUGCCUAUUUCAACUCAACUCCAUGCAAAGAGAGAGAGAGCUCACCCCUAGUGGUGAAAGAUUGACACUCAGCUGAGGUGUUUGGACUCGGACUGAACCAAACUCUGUGUCCAGCCCAGUCGCCCAGAUUUGGAGCAUUGUAUGGGCCGUUUUCUUUGCCUUCAGUGAAGUGAAGACCCUCCCCCCUCCCCCCUUUGACCUCUCACACUUUUGAGCCAUGUUUCUUUAUCAAGUCGCCCCCCCCCGUAGCGCUACUGCAGUUUAAUCAUUGUGUAUACCUUUCAAUAUAGUUAUUGAAUGUUUAUUUGUAGAAACGAAGUUUGUUAACUGUAAUUGUUCUUGUAAAAAAAAAAAAAAAGACUUGUAAAAAAUUUUUAAA